AUGUCGACAUCCGAGGAGUUAUUCCUUCAAUACGAAGGCCAAGUCGUGCCGCGUUCUUUCAAUGGCGGAUUUGUCACUCUGAGUUAUCUCGUUUCAUUCAUCGGUGCCGCCUCAACACUUGAAUUGAUCAACAGAAGAACGUCCCGCAAUGGAUUAUUCAACCACCUCAUUCUCCUCAGUGCAGCUAUCACGAUGGGGGGCAUCGCCAUCUGGUGCAUGCAUUUCAUAGGCAACCGCGCCAUUGAUCUUGGUGGUGGCCAGAGCGAGCUCCAAAUCGUAUACUCCGGUGGAUUCACGGCACUCUCCUUCUUCAUUCCGAUAAUGGUGCUCCUCGCUGCGUUUCUGGCCGUCGGUACUAACAACAGAGUUUCCUGGUGGCGAAUUGUUGUCGGAGGCUCGCUUGCUGGCGUUGCCAUAUGUGGCAUGCAUUACUUAGGUAAUGCGUCCAUAUACAACUAUACAUGCGUGUACAACACCGUCAACGUCGCCGGCUCUGCUCUGAUCGCUGUGGCCGCCAGCAUUGUGUCACUGGCGCUCUUCUUCGUCUUCAGAGCAUCUUGGACUAACUCCUGGUGGAAGCGCGGCGGGUGUGCCAUUGUCCUGGCAGGUGCAGUCUCUGGAAUGCAUUGGUGUGCCUCGACAGGCACCCAAUAUCGCCUGGUGCGGCUCAACGCGGAUACUGAUCACCUUUCUCGUAACACCACUGUCAUAGUCGUUAUCUGUUUGUCCGUGGGAGCUGCUUUGAUCAUGGCCGGUACCGCAGUGUAUUCAACUCAUGUGAGGAGACGAUACGCCAUCAAAGCACAACAAGUGGUCCUGGCAGCAGCGGUUUUCGACCGGACAGGACGCAUUCUUGUCAACCCCGAUGGGUUGCUGCCCAGUGAGAAAAUCACCGACACCUAUAUCGAGAAGACAUCCGACGAUCAGUUCAGUAUAUCGCAUCCGUUGUUCCACUGGAUGUUCCAAGCCUCCCGGAACUGGCGGGGCCUCGAGAGCGUAAUCGAUAACAUGACCACCCACCUGGCUCUUCUACGGCAGAGUGGCGGUAACACAGGGGUUCGGUUGAUUGACGACGAUGGGCAGCAUAUUGCAAACUACGAUGUGAUUCUCCGUGAGCUCUUCUGCCUUGCUGCUUCCAAUCUGGCGAGUAAGACGAAGGAGCACAUCGCCAACGUCGGAACCCUGUGGGAUGAGAUCCUCCCUACCGGAGUGAAUCGCUCGAGACGCCAGCGACGCCAGGAUGACAGCGAUGGUGACAUACUCGCGGAGAAGGGAGAUGGAUGGAGGGCCAAACAUGAGUACGGUCGCGGUUCUCUCAUGUUCCUUGUACGGCGUCUCGAAAAUGCGAGGGACGUCGAGAAACUCGAAGCUGCUGGCUUCAGAUUCGCUGAGGUUAACCAGGUCGCCGGGAUCAUUGGCAGCAGCAUGCAGAUCAAGACCCGAAAUCUCAGCAGCAAACUCAACAACAUGGCGGUAUAUGCCGAAGGCACAAUGAUGGAGCCAGGAGUCCACGUAGGCUUCUUCGGCUUGAGGGCUCGGGUUGGCGGUUUCGGCUUCGAUGUUCUCGUCAGGAGAGGCGCCCGAAACCUGCUGCCCUCGAUGCCCAUGGCACAGGAGCAUGUCGAGUCGUGGCAGCUGGAUUUCCUACAGCAACUUGACCGGCUCACCAUCCCUUCACUCUGCCAGAAGCUCGACAAUAUGAAGAAAUCGUCUCCACGGGAAAUGCUAUUCGCAUCCCAGCUAUACGACACGGUCGAAGCUCUCCGUGCCUGGGUCGACGAUCCAAUCUUUGAUGAAGCAGCGAUCACGGCCAAGGUAGUUCAGAUACCUUGCCGGGCUCGAGAGAACUCGUCCUCACCCAGCACUUGUACUUUGAUUACCUUGAAGAUGGUUAUCCCGAUCCAUGUUAACAUUCAAAGCCCCAGGUGUGAGUUUGUGCCACUUUCCCUCUUCAAGGUACAUCAGCUGGUCUACAAGGACUCGCCGCACCAUGCCGAUUUCUCACGGUCGGUCCAUCGCGAGAUCAAACCUAUUGUCAAUGACAUACCCCUUCCCGCACCAAGUCCAGCGCAUAAGAGGCCGAAGCGCACGUCCUUCCACAUCGGUUUCCGGGGGUUUAGACGUCCGAGGGCAGUCGCCUAUCCCGUAGAUGCGGACGGCAACCCAAUACCUACAGAAUUCGGGCGGAAGCUGGGCCACGGGUCCACCCAUUCAAGUUCUACGCUCAAGCUCUGGAACGGGCCCAGCAACGAGGUGCCGUGCAGCGACGGGAUGUCGGACAGGUUUGCGCCGCGACGCGAGGAAAGCCAGCCACCAUCCUCAUUUGGAGGCAUCAUGGUCUCGCAAGAAAUCAAAGUCGACGUGCGACAAGCAACCGAGGUCGGCACCGCAGGCGGUCGAUUCCCGAUGCGCCAGCAAGUCGAGCCGGGCCCAAAGUCCAAUCAAAUUGACGGAAAACCGGUAGCAGCCGACCGAGUGACGGUCGUGAGCGCCGGACACAAACGUGCAAAUAUGUCAAAGUCGGGAAUUGAGAUGAAGGCCAUAUCAGACGGUCGGGGGGACAUACAUAGCGGGCCCACUACAGCAAGGUCUGCUGUUGUCGAAAGUGGGCGAGCUGGCGAAGCGAGUACGUUCGUGGAUGAAUUGUUCAGCAUCUGCAUGGACGGCAGAUGA